CACACAAUUACACGAUACGACGUCGUAUCGUGGGACGAUGCGACGUCGUGUCACGUUGCGGCGUCGUGUAACGUUGCGGCGUCGUGCCGUGGCACAAUACGACGUCGUGCUACGGCACAAUACGACUUAAAUUAAAAAUAUAUAAAAUAAAUAAAUAUAUUAAUCUUAUAUUUUGCAAUUUUUUUCUUGAAUACAGCAUUGUUUAUAUAUUAUUUACUUCCAUUGACGUCUUUAUUAUAUUCAUAACUAUGGCAACGUCAAAUCUUAAAAAUUGUAGAAUGAAGGUCGAGUCCGUGACAAAAUAGCUCAAACAAAUUCAAAAAUCACCUUAUGCUUCGUUUUAUGGAGGGUACAGGUAAGGAGAACAAUCUUAUGUGAAAAGUGUUCAUCAAAAAACUUUAAUUAGGUAGCGCCACAAUACAUCGCGAACAUUUUUUUUACUUUGGUAAAAUAAUUCAAGUCCCUGACAGUGCACUUCACUUCGUCAAUAAUGUCUAAUUUUAGGUCAUGUCCUUGUGCUAAUCUAGCACCACCGGAGAGAUUUACUAUACUAACUAUUAUUUACAGUUGCCAGCUUGACACUUUAGCAACCAAGGGCCUGACACUCUUUGAUACAGAAAGAUAGUCUUAUUGCGAUUCCUAUAAGAGGAAAGAGAAAAUAGUGCAAUGCUUUGUCUUUAUCACCGACCGGGUUUUUUUUCAUGGUCGGGUUAUGGCAGCUUAGGAAGGAGGCUGAUGGCGAUAUACAGAAAUUUAUAAGAGUGAAAGAGACAAAAGCCCGCAAGAUGCCAUACAUUAAACUGUCAAUCAUAUUGUCAAGAGUGCUAGUAAACAACGUCGUUUUAUUAUUGUAAAAGUUUUUUAGAGUGAAUAAUUGUGUUUAUUAAGUGUUUAACGGUGGUGUAAGACGUUUUUACGUAUAGUUAACAUGGUGGGGUGUUCAGUGGUUUCCUGCAAAAGCAAUAGCUUGCGAAAAGAAGCGGGUGUAACAUUUCAUGCCUUUCCGACGAAGGAUGAAACAGUUAAGGAAUGGAUUGCGGGAACUGGAAAAUCUAAUUGGAUGCCUCACAAAUACUCGCGUAUUUGUUCAAAACAUUUUGAACAAUAUUGUAAAUUCCCUGUAUCUCAUGGACUUCGAGUAGAGCCGUCACCCAUUAAACCUAUGGACUGCCAAAGUCAGCCUGCUAUGCAUGAGCAAGUGCACAGCAUGACAACAAAUUUCAUUGAAUGUUCUAAAAUCAAUGAUAAAUCAGUGCCGAUUAUGACACCUAGAAAAUUAAAACUUACUUUGCAAUUGAAUCGAAAAACGCUUCUAGCCGAGUCACGUCGAAAAAAAAUUGAAGCAUUGAGAUCUAAAAGCCGGCGACUUCAAAAGAAAAAUGCGGAGUUAGCAGCUAUUUUAGAAGAUUUACAAAAAAAAGAUUUAUUAACCAAGAAUCAGCGGACCUACUAGCAACUCUGAACCCAAACAA